AUGGAUAAAGAUAUUCAAAAUCAAUCAAAUCAGUCACCAUCUGUCACAAAUAAUAAUACACAAGCAGUAAAAACAGUAACACUACCAGAAAAUACCUCAAAUAUUCCAGUAGAAUAUGCAAAGAAUUUUCGUCCAUUGAUUAAAAUUCUUUUGGUUCUACUAUGUUUAAUUAUCAUUGCUACGGCAAUUAUUGUUCCAAAUAUUCUUUUAACUAGCAAGUCAGCUGAAGAAUCGAAUAUUUCUACCAAUACAACGACUAUAUCAACUACUGUAACAGCAACAACAGUAAUCUGUGCUUCUGGAUAUGUUCAAACACCUUCAGGAGCAUGUGUUAAUACACAAAUUGAUUUAAAUAAUUGUGGAACAGUUGGCUAUGUUUGUUCAUCUAAUUAUACAAGUUGUUCAUCAGGCAUAUGUAGUGCUAGACCAGCUGUACAACUUAGUGGUGCAAUUGCUGUAUCUGCCUGGAUUAAUCAAACUAUCGAUGAUGCAACAGCACAAAUCUCUCUUCCAGUCAGUAUUACACUCUACAAUUAUACUACCACUAAUGUUACCAUAACAAGUAAUGGAGUUCUCUGUAUGGGUAGCUGUAGUUCGAGUUAUUCCAAUGGUAUUCUUCCAACUUCACCCUUUGGAGGUCCAACAUUAUUUGGUUUUUGGGAUGAUUUGAAGAUUUAUUCUGGAACUGGUCAAACAGUUUAUUAUGCUACCAGUGGAACAACACCUAAUCGAAUAACAACUUUUGAAUUUUAUGAAAGUUUUUAUUCUUCAUCACUACAAUAUUGUCAUUUUCAAAUCAUUUUUGAUGAAAAUCAACCAAAUAUUGUUAAAUACAUUUAUUUCGACGUAGCCAGUGGAGGUUCUUCAGCUACCAUAGGUGUACAAAAAUCAUCAUUCGGGCCAAGUAUAACUUAUUCCGUAAAUCAAGCAAAUGCAGUAGCAUAUAAUACAACACUUAUAUUCGAUACAAAUACUAAUACCUUCUCGGGUUAG